AUGGAAAGAACACAAAGCACAAAGAUGGUGUCGAAGAGCGUAAGCGUAGGAAUAGAAAGGACGCUCUCGGAGUACAUAUCGCAAGUAAAACCAAACAGAGUGGAAGGGUACGUGAAGCUACUGCUGGAAGACUUCCACGUCCACGAAAUCGACACUGAGGGCAAGGUGCUUAGCCUGGGAAAGUCGUACAAAAUAGAGGAAGUGAGAAGAGCAGUGGAGCGGAAGAGGAAGAGGAAGACAGGAGAGAGGUUUUUGAGCGUUUACGAAGAAGAUAAGGACAAGCUGGAGUACCCGCAGGAGCUGUUCACGGAAACGGAUAAGCUGCGACUGAAAAAGUUGCUGAAGGCGCUGAGCGAGAAGGCGAAGUCGUUUUCAGGUCAGGAGAAGAUGCCGGCCACGUUCUUGGUCUGCAGAGACUCGAAGGACGCUAAGGCGACGAGGACGGGCGUGCACAGGUGGAUAAGGGCGACGCUGCCCUUCCUGGACUCGAAGACGGUGGAGUUCGGGGCGUCGCAAAGGGCAGGGAAGAUGAAGGAGCUCCUUGACUCGCACCUGGACCUCUCGGCACUGCCUCAGGACUACAGCCUGAUCCGCGUGGCUCCGACGCCUGCGUGCGUGAAGUACAUAUCGGGGCGCCUGAGGAACACAUUUAACACUAACGAAACAAAUAACACCAGUAACAACAAUAACAGAUUUAACAAUGACAAUAAUCGCAAUUAUGUUUCUAUAAGUGGUUCCAACUACAGCAGUGGUUAUGGAGCUAACUUAAGUAACAAAAAGGAAGAACACGUGGGAGCGGCCUCAGAAACUAGUUCACAAAUAAAGGAAAAUUAUAACUCAGAUGCAGAUUCGGAGAGCAGUGUAUCGCUGGAAGAAAUAGUGAAGGAGCUGGACGGAACAGACUACGAAAAGUAUAACCCGAAGUCCUACGGAAAGUUCCUGCACUUCAACAUGCUUAAAAUCAACAGAGAGACGUCGGAGGUGGUGCACAUGAUGUGUAAGUCAGCAAACAGAGGAAGCUUCGACUUCUUCUCAGCAGGAAAUAAGGACAAGAGAGGAAUAACAGUGCAGAGAAUAUGCAUAAGAAGAUGUAACAUAGAGAGUAUACUGGAAGCAAUGACGAGAGGAUGGUACAACGACGUGCACCUGAGCGACUUCUGUUACAAAAACACGAAAAUAGGACUGGGAGACCUGAAAGGGAACCACUUUAAAAUAGUAAUCAGAGGAAUAGAAGACGCUACGAACAUAGAUGAGGCAAUAGAGACGCUUAAGAGUUACGGGUUCAUCAAUUACUUCGGAUUACAGAGGUUCGGAACGAAGAUAGUGGGCACGCACAUCAUAGGAGCCUCCAUAAUAGACCAGAGAUACGACAUGACGCUGCGGCUGAUACUGGGCGACAUAGAAACGGCAAAGCACUACGCAGUGUUCAACAAGUACUUCGAAAACAUGGACGCAGUGAAGCUGUCGCUAAACCCGGAGUACGAAAUGCCAAUGAAGUAUAGAAAGGCAACAGACUACUAUCUUUUCGACAACGAUGCAGAGACAGCACUGAAGUAUAUACCAAUGAGGUUCUACGUGGAAAAAAGCGUACUGAAGGGAAUAAUGGCAAACAUGAGUAACGAAAAGUGCCUGGAAAAGGUGCCGAAAAACAUACUGUCAAUCUACGUGCACUCAACACAAAGCCUCCUGUUUAACCUGGCAGCAACAGAAAGAUUGAACAGAUACGGAUUGAAAGUAGUACCAGGAGACCUAGUGGUGACAAGCGAAAAAGGAAUGAGUGAAUCAGGAGAAGAAUACGAAGAAGAAAGAACACAGAGAGUUAAAAGAAUGACAGUAAUAGAAGUAAACAGCGAAGAAGAAGCAGAAAGAUACACAAUAGAACAAGUAGUACUGCCACUCCCAGGAGAUAACAUCAAGUACCCAAGUAACAUGAAGGACUACUACGAACAAAUAGCAGUGGAAAACUAUAACAUUAAGCUGGAAAAUUUUAAAACAAACAAAGAAGUAGAAGGAAAAAAACAAAAAUGUAUAGUGUCAGUAGGAGGAUCAUACAGAUUCAUAAUAGUUAAACCGAAGGAUGUGAGCUAUGAAGUGAUAGAAAAACUGGAAGAACCACUGAAGGUGCUAAUAAGGCCGGAAAUAGAAGGGUACGAAGAAGACAUAGAAAAGUACGAAUCAGCAAGAAGCAUAGAAAGAAUACAGAAGCUAGGAGAUAAAAUAAGAAACAAGGCAGCACUAAAGCUGAAAUGCUCAUUGCCAAAAUCGUCAUACAUAACAGUAGCACUGAGAGAAAUACUGAAAGACGAAUCAAUAGAAAAUAACCACGGAUAA